AAAAUUGACAAAUGCAUCUAAAAUUGAAUAUAUCAAAUGUUCAAUCGAAUUUAACAUACAAUGACAUCGAAACAGAGUACCAGCCUAUCGAUAAUGGGAGCAUUGUUACAUGUGGGAAAGAUUCUACAAUAAUAAAAGACAAAAGUCAUGCAGAAUUAUCAAUUAAUGAAUUUGCUGAGAAAAUUCAAGAUUCCACAGUCAAGCUGGAAUCAGUGGAGAUAAAUAUUUGCAACAACGUCAAAAAGCAAAAUCGAAGGGACAUUUUUAACUCUCUACUGAAAGUUUUUCAAGCAAAGAGCUCAAAGUUGCACGUGUCAAAAUGCAUACUGGGUGACUUGUUCGCACAAGAAAUUCUAUUGCUUCUCCCAUUUUUUCAAGCUGGAGAGUUCGAAACUAUUGAAUUGUCAAACAACGAAUCAAUGGUUGGUCAGUUGAAUGAAAUUUCCAAGUUGGAGCAAUGGAAGAAGGCCAAGAUUUUGAACGCAGCUAACGGGAAAUUUGAAAUCCCAAUUGAAAACUUGUUCCACUUCGAGAAGUUCACAAUCAGCUUGACGUCUUUUUCAAAGGAGGAUUCAAAGAAAAUUAAAGACAGACUCUACGAAAUGGAACAUUUUGGAGAUGGAUGCUUCAUUUUUCCAAAGACCAACAUUAUCGAGAUUGCGAGAGUCUUUGAUUCAAAUUUUUAUCUCGGGGAAAGUGCAUUGUUUGAUUGUGAAGUCAAUUAUAAAUGCUUCAUUGUUGAAAUUACAGAGAGGUUUUUCAAAAUUCGAAAGGGCUAACAAUUUUUAUUUUUAUUUUGUUCCAUUGAUUAUUGCCAUUUUUUUAUGUCGGAAUUUCAUUUAGUUUCUUUUUUGAUAAAUUAUAUAGGUAAUUGGUAACUUGAUUCAUUCCAUCUGUAUGUAUUCCAAUUGUAUUGUCUCAUUUUCCAUUGUGAAUAAAAAAGUUAUAAU